AUGCAUGUGGUACAAGUUUUCAGUGUAGCACCAACUUUGGAAUCAGAAGAAUUACCAACUCAGACAUCGCUUCCCCUCACCUUCUUUGACAUACUAUGGUUAAGGUCACCUCCUACUCAACGUAUCCUCUUCUACCAAUUCUCUCACCCAACCCCACCCUUCUUCCAUACCCUUCUUCCCAAACUCAUACACUCUCUUUCUCUUGCUCUAGGCCACUUCUUUCCUCUUGCAGGCCACCUCACUUGGCCCCUUCACUCCCAAAACCCCAUCAUCAAUUACAAAACCGGUGACAUCGUUUCUCUCACAGUAGCUGAAUCUGAUGCUGAUUUCAACCAUCUAGCUGGCUCGGAUCUUUGCGAAACUGAAAAAAUGCACCAUCUUUUACCUCACUUGACCGUAUCCCAUGAACAAGCUACACUUUUAGCCUUGCAAGUUACUCUAUUUCCAAAGUCUGGAUUUUCCAUUGGAAUAACCUCUCACCAUGCUGUUCUUGAUGGCAAUACUUCAACAUCGUUUAUCAAAUCCUGGGCUUAUCUUUGUAGAGAAUCACACACAUCCCCUUGUUUGCCACCUGAACUAUGUCCUUUCUAUGAAAGAAUGUUAGUAAAAGACCCCAACCAAUUAGGGGGAAAAUUCGUUAAUAAUUGGUUAAAGCAGGGAGGAUUUAACAACAGAAGCCUCCUGGUUUGGGAUGUGCAAGCUCCGGAACAUGCAACUGGAGGCUUAUUUCAAUUGUCUAGUUCAGAUAUUGAAAAGCUGAAGCACUUUGUUUUGUCCAAGCACAGAGGGAAGAGCACCAACCUUCACUUGUCAACGUUUGCGUUGUCUCUUGCCUAUGCAUGGGUUUGCAGGGUGAGAGCAGAGGAAAUAGAAAACAAGAGAGUUACGUUGAUUCUGACUGUGGAUUGCAGGGGUUGUUUGGAGCCACCUCUUCCUCCGACCUAUUUUGGGAACUGUGUUGGGUUAAAACUUGCAUUUGCUGAAAAAAGUGAAUUCUUGGGGGAGGAUGGACUAAUUGUGGCUGUGGAAGCACUAAGUGAAGCUUUGGAAACUGUGAAGAAGGAUGGUGUUCUGAAUGGAGCUGAAAAUUGGUCAUCAUGGUUGCUUGAUGGUGUGGGAGGUGAAGCUGAUGCGAAGACAAUUGGAGUUGCAGGGUCAGCGAGUUUUGAGGCUUAUAGUAGUGACUUUGGUUGGGGAAGACCAAAGAAGGUGGAGACGGUGUCCAUUGAAAGAACUGCAGUGAUUAGUCUUUCAAGUAGCAACAAUGGAGAAGGAAUUGAGAUAGGUUUUGUGUCCAAGAAAACAACAAUGGAGACCUUUGCUUCCCUCUUUGUUAAAGGUCUUCAAACUUGA